AAGAACGAUAAACGCCGAAUUCCGAUUAGUGUUAUUAGCGGAAGUGGUAUGGCUGGACGAAAGUCAAAGUAUAUUUUAGACACUUUAGGCUUUAUUCUUCAAAAGAAAUGUGGUAUUCCAGUUUUUUCGAAUGCAUUACUGCUGUUGUCAAGGAGAAAUAAACAUUGUUUAGCUGAAGAACUAAAAGGUGGUAAAGAAGAAAGCCAUACUAUUUCUUCAAGGAUGUCAUUAAGGCCAGCUCUACACAAGAAGUUUGGUUGGAUGAAUGACCAUGUGCCGUGUUUUGGUGUUGAUGGAGACAACAUCACAGUUAUCAAUCAGCCAGCAGACUUUUAUAACACUUUUAAAGACAUGACAAGGAAUGCAAAAAGACGCAUUGUUAUUGCAUCAUUAUAUCUUGGAACAGAUCGUCUUGAAAAUGAAUUGAUAAAGAGUAUUGAGUCAGCAUGUGAGAGAGCAGUACAAAACAAUAAUGACAGUUUUGAAGUUCAUGUUCUAUUAGAUUACACAAGAGGAUCAAGGGGAGUUAACAAAAGCUCUAGAACAAUGUUACUGCCCCUGCUGGAGAAAUAUGGAGACAAAGUACAGGUGUAUUUGUACCAUACACCAGAUUUAAGGGGAUUCUGGAAGAAAUUUUUACCUGAGAGGAUGAACGAGAUUGUUGGUUUGAAUCACAUGAAGAUUUAUCUGGCUGACAAUGAUUUUAUUAUUAGUGGUGCAAAUCUAAGUGAUUCUUAUUUCACUAAUCGUCAAGAUAGAUAUAUCCAGUUUAGAACAUGUCCAGAAAUGUCAAACUACUUAUGUGAUCUCGUGUGUGCUGUGUCACGUUUCUCAUUCCAUCUACAGUGCAAUAAUACCACAGUUUAUCCUGAAGGAGCACCACAUCCAUAUGAUGGUUCAGAGGAUGUACAAGUGUUUAAAGACUAUGCUGAAGAUACCAUUUCAAAAUUAAACUCUUUCUGGAAAGAAUCAAGGGCCUCAACUCAACUUAAUUCAAAUGACAGCGAUGUAGAUACAUGGUUAUAUCCUUUGAUACAGAUGGGACCAUUUAAAAUAAAAGAUGAUGAAGUAGUGACUGAACGACUGUUUACAAAAUCUGAAACCCCUGAUAGAAUACUGUUAGCCUCAGGAUAUUUUAAUUUAACUAGUAAUUAUGUAGAUUAUGUGAUAAACAAGUCAAAUGCAGUGUUUAGGAUCCUCACAGCAUCUCCUGAGACAAAUGGAUUCUUCGGAUCAUCUGGGAUAUCUGGUUAUGUUCCACAUGCCUAUACACAGAUAGCUAGACGUUUCUAUGAGGAAACAUGCAAACAAUGUGAGGAGGAAAGGAUCUCCCUAUACGAGUACUAUAAACUGGACUGGACAUUUCAUGUAAAAGGGUUGUGGUACUAUAUACAACAAUCCAAUUUACCUGUUCUCACCUUGAUUGGAUCACCAAAUUUUGGUUACAGAUCUAUAUAUCGAGAUUUAGAAUGUCAAGUAGCUGUUUUAACUACAAAUACCUCAUUACAAAACCAGCUUAAACAGGAACAUGAGAGACUAUAUGGUUCAUCAUAUAAAGUGACAGCAAAGACAUUUCAACAUCCAGAUCGAUAUGUCCCUCUCUGGGUACGAUUUGUAACCAGGUUUUUAAAAAAUCUCUUCUGAGACAAAGGCACAAUCAGCUACAGUAACAAUCUCCUACAAAGAGAUCUCCCCUUAUCUGUACAGAGAUCUCUGCCACCACACUCAUUUUUAACAAUAUUUUGUUCUUUUAUAUUUUAUAGUAUGAAUUUAUUUUUCAUUAUUUUGUAUACUUAAGAUAGUUUUUUUUGAUAAACACAAAUGAACGUAGGUAUGAAAAGUUUAAAAUAAAACACAAAGAGAAAAAUGAUGUUAGAUUUGUUAUGUAAUGGUGAUAUUUACAUUUGAAUUUCGAUGUUAUGUCAUGUGACUUUCAUCAUCAUGUGACAUCUAUGACGGCAGUGAUUACAAUCUGCCAAGGGAGGUUAUCACUGUGAGGACUUUGCAACAAUAAUUGUACAGCUGUCUAGUUAGUUACACACACUGCCAUGUUAUGUGCAUUAUGACAUGUGGAAGUAAAGCAAUCAUUUAGCUGAAGUUUGAUUGUCUUUACUGACUGCUUGUUUAUGUAUGAAAUACUGGUACUUAGGGUGUAUUGGAUCUUCCACUUGAAUAAUUGAAUAAUGUAAGAGUUGAUAUGAUGUAGAAGCCACAAACUGGUUACAAUGUGAAGUUAUAUUAUCCAACAAACAAUAUAUUAUACAUGGUUGAUAUAUUAUAGAAAAAUAACUAGGAAAAUUUAAGGAUUUUAAUAUUAAAGCUGGAUCAUUCUAUUUUGAUUUUAGAAUAUGGGAUAACUAUCCGUUAGCUUCUACUUCCAUAUCAUACUUUUGAUAAAGUUUUUUUUAUAGCAUCCAACUUAUUUUACUAAUUCCUUUAAGUUAGUGUUGUAAAACUUUCAGUACUAGUAUAUAACCAUGAACAAAUUUCUGACAUGGACUUAAACAAAAAAGAUGUGCCCCUGUUACAUUUAAGACUUUUUAUUAAGUUUUUUGUACAACUCAGUUUUUUCACUAUACUAUUUUAGACAUUGCUUAAAACUUUAAUACCUGUACUUAUAUUUAUACUCUUACAAAACCACAUACCUCAGCCAUAGAUUUAACAAAAUUUUAUGCUUUUUUAGCAUCAUUUCAAUUAGUGUUUUUGUAUCAUACACUGUCACACCAAUCGCUAAAAGUAUUGAAACUUUAAUCAUUUUGCACUAUUAAGAUUACCUCCUGUUUUAGCUCACCUGAGAACAAAGUACAAUUUUUCAGAUAAAUUGUGAUAUCAUUUGACCAAGU